GCUUUUAAUUCUAAGCCGAUCCAGAACGAUCUGAUGCAGUUUGAAGAAAGAAGCAUAAAAGAUACUUAUUUCAUAAUAUUUGUACAAUUUUAUCUUGAAUGCGUUGAAUCAAACUACGUCGAAUGAAAGUUGUCUGCGUAGUCAGCAUGCUCGACUCGGCAAUGUUCGACUGCGCCACUCUGGUUUCCGCUCCCGUAAAAGAAGGACCGCGUGACGUCUCCUUCGUUCAUUCACAACCACCUGCUCGACGAGGAAGCAUCGAGUCUUUUGGUUUUACCUACCAGUUGCUGACCAAUUCGAACGAAGAGGAACAGCUUGCAACAGCACAGCUUUCACGAGGGACAGGAUGAAGAACAACGCGACUUCCGGUCUUCCGCUGUCGAUCUGUGUAUCCGUCUGCGCGCUAAUGGUCCUGCUCUCUAUCACUGACACAGCUUAUGCUAAACGUGGUUGCUCCGCGUUUGGACACUCCUGCUUCGGUGGCCACGGUAAAAGGUUCGAUCCACAUGCACGGGGAAACGUGCUCCAAGAGAAUCAAGUGGACACGGUUACCAGCGACAAACACGAAGAAAUGGAAGCACUGCGUUUGCCCAACGAGUUCGUCAUUCCGGAGAAAAAGUUCGAGGGUCAAGAGGAGACACCUUUUACUCAGACACGUAGACAGGAUUCCACGAGAUUCGACCCUUUCAUGCUAUCCUUCAUCGUUCGACAAUGGUUGACGUCGCAUCAUCGCCUUCAUCAGCCGGACGUGGAGCUUAAUAACAAAUAAACGGAGAAGCGUUUCUGUUUCACGUUGAAUUCGAAACGAAGAAUUUGAAGAAUAUUAGAACACAAAAAUAUGUGAAAUCGACGAAUAAAGAUAUUUUCAUGAAGUACCUCGGUCGUUGUUUUAUUAGAAUUUUUAUAAUUCUUUGUUACGUUACUCUCAGACUCUGUAGGGGCAAUUCUAUUUAAUAGCGUAGCAUGUAUAUUUCAGUUUCCUUUUGUGUCGAAGUAAAGUAAUAAAUAGAAACUAUUGUACUUGAUUAUUUCUGUGUAGUUAUGUAUUCGCGGAUCUUUGUUUCAACGAUGAAGCAAGUACAAUUGUUAAUGCUGUAUCUGAAUUGUAUGUAAGCAUAAAGUAGAACGAAUAAAAUGUUAUUCCUUAAAA